AGAGGGGUGGCGGGCAUGAAAAUGGCAGCACGGCAACAGUCUGGUCUCACGCGUCGUUGCUUACAGGCCAUCGACAGCGACCGCGCCGAUGCCGCGCGGGAUCUCGCGAGACUCGAACGUUACAGCCCGACACAGCCGUGGUUAACGGGCAGAAUACGCGUCCCUCCUGCUAUAAGUACCUACCAAUCCCCUCGCCACCGGCACACACAAGCUCGCAGCUCCCUCACACAGCUUCUACUCGCCACCCCCUCCUGCUCUGCAGAUCUUAGCCAAGGUCUUCCGCCGAUCACCGCCUGCGCCAACCUCAUGGCCCGCUUCGCCGUCGUCGCCGCCAUCGUGGCCCUCCUGGCCGUCACCGCCGCCGCGCAGGCCCCCGGAGUGGCGCCCAGGAUGGCGCCUCUCCCCGCACCGCCGGCGAGGUCCCCGGCCACCGCGCCUGCGCCGGUCGCCACGCCGCCCACCGCCGCGUCGCCGUCCCCGCUGGCCUCUCCCCCGGCCCCGCCCACCGACGCCCCGACCGACGCUCCCUCCGCGAUGCCCCCGUCCGUGGUCUCCGGCACACCCGAGGGCGCACCUGCCGCUGCCCCCAGCGGCACCCCCGCCAGCUCCGCCGUCUACACGUCCUCCGUCAGCUUCGUCGCCGUCGCCGGCGCGGUCGCCGCCGCCAUCGUGUUCUAGACGGAGCGAGGCUCUGCUCUCCGUGCUCUGUUUUCGCGUUGUUUAUACUGGAGAGAUUCUUUCCAUGAUUCUUUGCUGGACCGACUGAGGAGAGGGAUACAUACCACCAUGCGAUGUAAUCUUGUUACGGAUGCAUGAGAUUAUUAUGAAUACAAAUUCGUUUAUUCGUUACCUUA